AUGGGAAAAAAAUUUUGGAAACGAUUUUUUACUAAUUUUCAUAGUAAUUAUAGCGAGGAUGGUAAUAGUAUUGGACAUAAAAAAACUAAAAGCGAUAUCAGUGAUAUGAGCGAGGAUUCAAUAGGCAAAGAAGCCAAAGAAUUAUUUAAGAAAAUCAAUGAUCGAAAGUUCAUAAACCAAGAUGAUGCUAAAGAAAUCUUGCCGGUAGAUGAUGACGAAACUGAUAGAAUAAAUUUGGUGCAUUUCUUCAAGAAAGAAUUGUGGCCGCAAAGUAAAGCAUCUUUUUCUUCUCCGGUUAAAGAAAUAUUAAGAUCCGGUGCUGAAAUACUUGAUGCUGGAUUUGUACAUUUGACUGCUCAACUGGUUUCAGAAUAUUGUUCUGGUGGCACACUAUUACAGCAUCUUAUAAAGAAAUGUACCAAUAAUGGCAAUGUUGAAAAAGAGAUUGUCAAAGGAUUAGAUGAAGAUGAAGCACGUAAUAUAUUUUUAGAGGUUGUUAAUGCAGUAAGAUAUUUGCAUAAUGAUAUGGGAUUAGUGCAUAAAGAUAUCAAGUUGGAUAAUAUUUUAUUGGGUAGAAAUAAUACUUGGAAAUUGUGUGAUUUUGGAUUAACAGAAUUCCAAAAUCCACAUGUGAAUGGAUUUGAUAAUAUUGUUUUUGAUGAUAUAGUUUGUGGCUCUUUGACAUAUUCUUCACCUGAACAAAUAAAAUCAAAAAAGCCACUUAAAAUUCCUACAGUCGAUAUAUGGAGUUUAGGUGUUGUGGUGUUUGCAUUGGUUACUUCUCAAUUACCAUUUCUGGACAAAUUUGAGCCAAGACUACAAUACAAAAUCCUCAAUGGUAGAUAUGAUGAAUCACUGUUGCAGCAUGCAGGUGUCAGUAAUGAAUUUCAUGAUUUACUAAAAGGAAUGUUCAAGACAAAGCCUGAUCAAAGAUUAACAAUAAAUCAAAUACUAGAUCAUCCUUGGUGUUCAAAUCUAAAGGCUGGUCUUAUUAUAGCUAAGUUAAUGAAAAUAGUAGCAGGGACAGACAAUGUCCUGAAGGAUCAUUUUCAUAUUAAUAUUGAGAAGUGA